AUGCUCUCAAUUGGUCUACCUGGUAGUAACGAAACGUUUACUAAUGGUUUGGUGAAGAUUGUCGGUUGGGAAACAAAAAAUUUCGAACAUGAUACAAAUUUUCUUCAAGUAGCGGAAGCGAAUUUAAUGGAUCCACAAAGCGCUGCUCGUCAGUUUGGAAAGUCCAUAACUGGUGAAGAAAUUGUAGCAGUACCAUCUGAAGGAAAAGUAGUGAAAGGCGAAUAUGGCUCAUCAUUGAUAUUCACAAAUAAAUCAGGAAAACAAAUACUCAUUGGCAUUUUGACUAACCCAAGCAAUAGUGACAAAGAACCAGAUAUUUACCUAUCAACCAGUGUUAAUAUUGAUUUUAUAAAUCGUUACCGCUGUGAAAACGUCACAUGCGUUUAAGUAUAUAAUUAGAAUAUUGCAGAGACCGUUUCUAUUAAAAAAAACUAUACUUGUCAAAUCUAAAUUGUUAUU